CUCUGUCCAGUAAAGAUGAGUGAAACAACCUCCACUGCAGCUCCUGACAAUACGAUGGGAGCGCUUCUCAUAUGUACAGUAAUUUCAGCAUGUUUUCAGGGAGUAACAGUGCUCUGUUCUUGGGAAUACUUUGUAGAUCACAACAAAGAUCAAGCUAUCACCAAAGUUCUUGUUUCAGUGGUGUGCUUUAUCGAUACACUCCAUCAAAUUUUCAUCACGCAUGCCCUUUAUAUAUACUUGGUGAAGGGAUUCUCCGAUCCGGCAAUAAUGCUGCGACUACUUUGGAGCUUCCUUUCGCAGGUCGUCCUCACUGCGUUUCAAGGGCUUCUUUGCCAGGGCUUUUUUACAUGGAGAGUAUGGAUAGCGAGCCAGAAGAACAAGCCUUUGAGUGCCAUAAUUGCAGCUCUAGUAGCCGGAAACUUUGUGGUCACUCUUUAUUAUUUUGGUAGAAGUGUCCACUUCAAGUCAUUAGCAGAGCUCUUGCAACAAAAGGACACUGCAAUGCUGCUAGCCAUCGGAUAUAGCGCCAACCUCCUCAUCACAGUGUCCCUCCUUUUCAUUGACUUCAGAAAGACGACCUCAGGUGAACAAACGAACCGCGUUGUCGACAAAUUCAAGUCGUGUGUCAUGAACAGCGGCUUGUUGAUAAGCCUCGUCGGGGUCUUUUGUUUUGUUACAGAGGCUGCUUGGCCCCAAUCUCUGCUUUCUGCUGCAAUGUACACCCUUCUUUGUCGAAUGUAUAGUGUUUCUGUCUUGGCCAUCUUGAAUUCGCGGAAGCAACUUGGGUCUUCGAGUUCAAACAAGCAGAGUUCGUCUAAGGAAAUUAUGCCAAAUGGAUCCCGUAGACCUCGUAUCCAAGUCGCCAGGCCCGGUGAACUCGCGAUUCAUGUAGAAUGCGAUACACAGAUGCAAUACGACAACAUGGAGUCACCGCAAAGUCAUAAGGAGGGAGAGACGUUUGAGCUGACACCCUUUCCCAGGAAUAAAUAACUUUAUCCGGCUGUUAGCAUCCUUUCUUCCUCGCUGUAUCUGAUGUUAGAACGGCGGACGGGUAUGCAAUAUAAAUAUGGUGCAUCUGCUUCCUCAACUAAGAAUGCCUGAGCCUGGCCUCAUUCAAUGUAAGGUCAGUAGGCACGUACAAC